ACAAAAUCUACAACCCAAAAACUCAUCAAUAGCCCAAAAAAAUGCUACAAAAUCUCCACAACUCAUACUCAGAUUCAUCAUCAACAACAUCAUCAUCAUCUCAAGAAGAGGACUACAUCAACAUGGAAGUGGACGGCCACCACCACCACUCCUUCGACAGCAGCAUCUUCAACCAAUCCUCGAGCAACGAGUUCGAAUUCCACCAAAGCUUCUCGAGCUCGUCCGACCGGGACCCCCACGCCACGACAUCCCCGGCGGACGAGCUCUUCUACAUGGGGAAGCUCCUCCCCCUCCACCUCCCGCCCCGCCUCGAGAUGGUCCACAAGAUCCUCCACUCCACCAACCCCUUCCACGCCCCGAAGGGGGCGCUGGGGGGCUACGAGGACGAGCCCUUCAGCACCCCCCUCUUCACCCCCACCGCCGCCACCCCCUUCGAGUCGUGCAACAUCUCCCCCUCAGAGUCGUGCGAGGUGAGCAGGGAGCUCACCCCGGACGACUACAAGCACAUUCUCGUGGAGUACAGCAGCAUAAACGGUGGUCCCGGUCCCGGUCCCGGUCCCACCACGUGUGCUGCAAUACUCGACGAGAAGAAAUCCUGGGCGAGGAAGAUGAAGAUGAUCAAACAGUCGUCUUCAUCCUCCUCGUCUCGGAUCAAAUGGACCUCCUACAUCAAAUCCCUCUUCACGAAAUCCUCCGGCUGCACGAGCCAACACUCUGCUGCGGCCGUGUCGAAGGCGAGGAACGAUAACCAAAGCAAGUAUGCGAAGAAACUCGCGCCGUUCGGGCAGAUCAAGUACGACAAAAACGACAACCUAGUGGAGGAUCAAAGGGGCCGGCACCGGAGAUCGUUCUCCGGGGCCAUCAAACAGCUGUCGAAGCCUAAAUCUUCGACAACUGCCUCGUCCACACCCACGUCCACGUCCAGUUUAAACCUGCUGGCGCUGAAGAGGAGCAUCAGCUCGAGCUCGGAGGUUGAGAGCCCAAUUCAAGCAGCCAUUGCACAUUGCAAGAGGUCUCAAAAAUCUAGGCAGAUUGCUGAGGAAGAAAGAGUGGCAGUUUGCAGAGGUUGAAAUAAAGAGUAAUGAGAGUUUUUUUUUUGUAAUUUUUUGUAUCUUUUUUAAUUAUUUUUAGAUUUUCCUGUGUCCUAAUGGAUUCGGAUCGAUUCUUGAUGCUAUUGUUAAUACAUAAAUAACUUGUUGUCCAAAGUUUAA